CCGUGUUCAGUCCCCGGAUGGGGUGAAGCGGAUCACAGCAACCAAGAGAGAGACAGCUGCAACGUUUCUGAAAAAGGUGGCGAAGGAGUUCGGCUUCCAGAACAACGGCUUCUCGGUUUACAUCAAUAGAAACAGGACUGGGGAGAUAUCCGCUUCGUCCAACAAGUCCCUCCACCUGCUGAAGAUCAAGCAUGGCGAUUUGUUGUUCCUGUUUCCCUCGAGCCUUGCUGGACCCUCGUCCGAAAUGGAGACGUCAACCACACUGGGGUUGAGGGCCUUCGGCGCUUCCAACGUGGUAGAGGAUGAGAUCGACCAGUACCUGAGCAAACAGGACGGGAAGAUUUACCGGAGCCGCGACCCACAGCUGUGCCGACACGGCCCGCUGGGGAAGUGCGUGCACUGUGUUCCUCUGGAGCCAUUCGAUGAGGACUACCUAAACCAUCUCGAGCCGCCCGUGAAGCACAUGUCCUUCCACGCCUACAUCCGAAAGCUGACUGGAGGGGCUGACAAGGGGAAAUUCGUUGCCCUGGAGAACAUCAGCUGCAAGAUUAAAUCAGGGUGUGAGGGACACCUCCCGUGGCCCAACGGUAUCUGCACCAAGUGCCAGCCUAGUGCCAUCACGCUGAACAGACAGAAAUACAGACAUGUGGACAAUAUCAUGUUUGAGAAUCACACCGUUGCUGACCGCUUCCUUGACUUUUGGAGGAAAACCGGGAAUCAGCAUUUUGGAUACUUGUAUGGACGGUACACAGAGCACAAAGACAUUCCUCUGGGCAUCAGGGCAGAGGUGGCUGCCAUUUAUGAACCUCCUCAGAUUGGAACACAGAACAGUUUGGAGCUUCUUGAAGACCCAAAAGCUGAGGUGGUGGAUGAAAUUGCUGCCAAACUCGGCCUGAGGAAGGUUGGCUGGAUAUUUACUGACCUCGUCUCAGAAGACACACGAAAGGGUACAGUCCGAUACAGUCGGAAUAAGGACACCUACUUCCUGAGUGCGGAAGAGUGCAUCACUGCCGGAGACUUCCAGAACAAGCACCCCAACUUGUGUCGGCUCUCUCCUGACGGGCACUUCGGGUCCAAGUUUGUUACUGCAGUGGCUACAGGUGGUCCCGACAACCAGGUCCACUUUGAGGGCUACCAGGUGUCUAAUCAGUGCAUGGCGCUAGUCCGGGACGAGUGCCUGCUGCCCUGCAAGGAUGCCCCUGAGCUCGGCUACGUCAAGGAGUCCAGCAGCGAGCAGUAUGUGCCUGAUGUGUUUUAUAAGGACAUAGACAAGUUUGGCAACGAGAUCACCCAGCUGGCCCGCCCGCUGCCCGUGGAGUAUCUGAUCAUAGAUAUCACAACAACUUUCCCCAAGGAUCCAGUUUAUACUUUUUCUAUUUCGCAAAAUCCAUUUCCUAUUGAAAACCGGGAUGUGUUGGGAGAGACACAGGACUUCCACAGUCUGGCCACCUACUUGUCGCAGAACACCUCCUCCAUGUUCCUGGACACCAUCUCCGAUUUCCACCUCCUGCUCUUUCUGGUCACCAACGAAGUCAUGCCUCUGCAGGACAGCAUCAGCUUGCUGCUGGAGGCCGUGAGGACCAGGGACGAGGAGCUCGCCCAGACGUGGAAGAAGUCUGAGCAGUGGGCCACCAUCGAGCAGCUCUGCAGCACUGUCGGGGUGCAGCUUCCGGGCCUCCACGAGUACGGAGCCGUUGGGGGCCCCUCGCAUGCUGCCACGGCUGCCAUGUGGGCCUGUGAACAUUGCACCUUUGUGAACCAGCCGGGCACCGGCCACUGCGAGAUGUGCAGCCUCCCCAGGACCUAGGGCUCUGGCCCCGCUGGCAGGACUGCGUCCACCCAACCCUCUGAAGCCACGUCGUGGAGCCGUGCCCCGCGGUGGGCAGCCCUCCUGAAAGGCAGGGCAGUAGCUGCUCUGGGGUCUGGCCCACGAAGCCUCUCAGCACCAGGCUUCCCUGGAGGACGGAGCCAGGCUGUGCUCUGCCAGCUGACGCUCGGCUCCUAGCGGGGGAGCAGGGCGGCCUGGCGCGGACACCUUUCCGGUACCAGCCCCACUGUGGUGGGGGGACUGGCGCCUCGUCUCCACUGCGAGGAGGCAGGAGCUCGCUGCUGCACCAGCCUCCUCUCUGACGCUGUCCUCGCCCUCCCUGGUUGUGGUGGAGCUCUUGCUAGCCUCUGUACCCUGCGUCCUGGGGCAGGCCCUGCCUGUGGGGCCACUUCUUCCCCGGUAGCCAUUGUCCAGUGGAAACGCGAGUGGCCACAGGCUGGCCGGCCUCCCGUCUGCUUGGCCUGCAGGUUACUUUGCUGCCCACCCUUUCUCCUGCUCUUACCCGACAUUCGGUGGGAGCUAAAGUUGGCAUUGGUUGUAAUAACAG